AUGAUUGAAAGAAAUCAGUACAGCGUGGACGACAUGGCGUCGAUCAAGCAGCCCUGGAUUGAGACGCCUUUACUCGAGUCGAGUGUACUCUCAAAGAUCGCCGGAUGCCGCAUCUUUCUUAAAUUGGAGAACCUCCAGCCUUCUUCUUCAUUCAAGUCGCGCGGGAUCGGGAACUUGGUGCUCAAAUCAAUCAGAGAACAAGACCCCUCGGAUACGAGACCGCUCCACUUCUACUCCUCGUCCGGCGGCAAUGCAGGCCUUGCGUGUGUCACGGCCGCCACGAGACUAGGCUACAAAGCCUCGGUCGUGGUGCCCACCAGCACCGACGAGGGGACGAUCAAGAAGCUCCGGGCCGCGGGAGCCACGGAGGUCAUUUCCCACGGCGACAGCUGGUUCUACGCCGACCAGCAUCUGCGUGAAGUCGUCAUCCCUGGUGCCGAACAGCGCGGCGAGAAGGGGAUCUACAUCCACCCGUUCGACAACCCGGCCAUCUGGGAGGGCGCCGCGACCAUGGUGGACGAGAUCAAGACGCAGAUGCCGGACGAGGGCAGCCCAGAUGCCAUCGUCUGCUCUGUCGGAGGUGGCGGGCUGUUCUCGGGGGUCAUGCAAGGCCUCGACCGCGUGGGAUGGGGUGGUCGCGUCCGCGUAUUUCCCGUCGAGACUCUAGGCGCAGACUCUCUGGCGCAGUCCGUUCAACAAGGCCGGCUCGUCACCCUUCCGGGGAUCACAUCCAUCGCCACAUCCCUUGGUGCUAUUCGAGUCGCCGACCACGCUUUUAAAGAAGCUCGACGGCCGACCGUCACACCCGUGGUCGUGGAGGACGCCGAAGCAGCCUCGGCAUGCUGGCGGUUUCUGGACGACGAAAGGAUCCUUGUUGAGUCGGCAUGCGGGGCGAGCGUGGCUCUAGCAUACGAUGGGAGGUUGAGACAUUAUCUGGAGGGCUUGAGUCCGGACUCGAAAGUCGUGAUUGUCGUGUGUGGCGGAUCCAAGAUUUCACUGGAUCUGCUCAACGAGUAUCGCCAGACAUAUCAGCAACGGAGUGAAGAACUGGCUGGGAAAUAUUCCCACCAGAAACAAUCUGUCAGUUGA